AUGUCACAAGUGCUUAAAAAUCUUGGAGAAAGUACAAGAUUCUUUUUUGCAGGCAUAUACUUACUAUCGGUAUUGAUGACGGUUCCGAUUGCCUUUCAACUUGGGGGACUUCAGUGUGGGCUUGCAUUUACAUUGACGUUAUUUAGUUCUUAUUUUAUUACAACUACACUAAAUGCAAUAGCAAGAAAACUAAGAUGGCAACGAUUUAUUGCUUGGACUAACUUUCUAUAUUAUUUUCAAAAUUUCAAUAUAAUAGGCAUUUUACAUAUAUUCCUUUCAUUAUUUUCACAUACUGAAUUAUCCAUAUCAAUGAGUGAUGAAAAUCCUUCUAUGGAGACAAUUACUUCUAUAUUAAAGAAUAAUGAUACAUAUCCAUCCAAGACAAUAUCAUUUAUUUAUAAAUAUUUCUUUUAUUAUGCGAUGCCUCGAUGGAAAUUUUGUCUUUCAUAUUCCACUCCCUUAUUUGCUUUAGUGGAAGGGUUUUUCACAAUCUUGGCUAUUCAAGUUAUUGGUGAAACAAAUAUAUGGUUAACUACAGUUAAAAAUUCAAGUAUAUGGAUUAUCUUAUCAUUAAUAAUGUCAAGUAGUAUGGUUACAACAUCAAUAUAUUAUAUCUAUAAAAUAUAUGUGACUCCACUUUGGCACCUUUCAAAUCAAGUGGCUUCAUUAUUAAGUUUUACAUUUUCAUUAGUUGGAGGUGUAGCCAUAUAUGGAAUUGUAAGUCAUCGUGGUUCAGUAGUGGAAAGUUCUUUAUUCUUUGCAUAUAUUGUAUGUUGUAUAUAUGAAAUUUCUCCCAUUAUGGCUACUACUGCCAUGGAUGAUAUAUUUGAUACAUUAAAGGAAAGUUGGCAAAUUCAUCAAAGGAAUUUUUUUAUCAGUGAUAAUUUAUUAAUUUAUUAUUAUAAUUCUUUAAUCAAGAAUGUAGAUGAGUUUAUUAAAUUGAAAAUUAUUAAAUUAACUACCAAGGAUAAUUUUUCUAAUAAAUUUAAUUCUCUAUUAUUCCAAUGCGUUAAAAUUUCCAAGAAAUCAUUUAAAUUCAUAUUAAAAUUAUCCAAAAGAUUUACAUUAGGUAUACCAUCAUCAAUUUAUGAAUUAUAUUCAAUAACAUUAAAAAUGGCAUCUGAAUCGAUAUCACCUGUAAUUCUAGUAAAUCUUUGCUAUAGAGUAUUAAUAUUUUAUGCAGCCACUAGAAUAAUUCCUGCUUUAGAAAGUAGAAGUAAUGGAUUUUCUAAUAAUAAUAUUAAGACUAAAUCAAACAGCAAAUUUAUGAAAGUAUUGUAUUGGUAUAGUCCAUGUAUUUUAAUUGCCAUGUAUACCAAUUUAAUUUUACAAUAUUCAGGUGAAUUGAAGAGUGAAUUUAAAUUGUGGAACAAUUCCAACAAUAAUGAGGUAGUUGUUGAUUCAUGGAGAUUUUGGAAUUGGUGUAAUAUCUUUUGGACCAUUACACUUUAUGGAAGUGAAUUAAUUGGAGGUAGGAAAUGA